CAGCGGGUACAGUCCGCCCUGCGCCGCUCGCUGACCAAGUUCCGCCACGACGGCCCUCCUCCCGUGCCGCCCAAGGACGGCGACGCUCCCCAGCCUCAGAAGUUCCCGUCGUACUACUCGGACAAGCACAGCCAGCCCGAGCGUGAUGGGCGACACUACCGCGAGCAUGCGUCCUCGACGUACGAUGUGGCAGCUGCCGCGAAGGCGUUCCCAUCGCCUCCGACAACGACGAAGUUAGAGAGCGAGGCGCCGUUCCUCAACCUCCCGCCACACAAUGAUCAGCCCCUCAUGCUCCGGCAGGAGCUCAUGGUCAUGAGCCACGAACCUGUCGGCGUAGCAAAGUCGAUGCCCGACAAUGGUGCCGACCGCCAAAUGUACGGGCAACAGAGCAACUGUAUCGCAAGCGUGGCCGAUCUUGAUCAACAGCUUGGGCAGCUGCAGCUCGAGAAGCCGAGGGACCAACAGACAUGGGACUCUGAUGAAGUCGGCGUCGAGGCAGGGACUCCGAACAGAACUGUCGUGCCUGGAAGCAUGCCAAUUACGCCCGCCGCAACGGACGAGGGGGCGAACAAGUACGCCUUCCUAGAGACUACACCACCGGACACCGUGGACAAGACAGUGGUCAACGCUGAGCCUGCCGUGCACGAGCGUGUGCAAAACAAUGUGCACGAGAUUGUCCAGGAGAUCACGCGCGACAUCCAUCACUACGACGAGCACUACCGCAUCCAGCCGGUCCUGGACCUCAAGGUGCUGCCCACGCGGCACAUCUUUAUCGACUCGCAGGGUCAUGCAUCGGAGCUACACUUUGAGGGCGGCAAGCCGCCGCCAGGUUUUGAAUUCGGGCGGCCGUUCUAGACGAAAACGAAUCAGUGGCGGUGUUCGGAGCAGACGUUGCGUUGAGCAGGUAGCGAAUAAACACGGGACUACGUUUCGUAUGCGCACAUCUACAUUACUUCUUGUUAUAUAUUCUACUCUACACACUUCCAUAAUGCGAGUUUUAUGGCGUGACCGCGAAAGCCAGAGUAGGUGCGUAUGGACAGAAAACUUACUGAAGUCAUCGAAAAGAUAGGAAAGUAGUCAGUGAAGAGUUACGAUCACCAAGUGUACCGUAAUAUGGAGCAAAACUUUGCUGAAGAUCGAGGUGGCAGUCUCCGUCUUCUGGCCAGACAGCGAAUGGAGCAUCAGGAUUGCGCAGAGUCAAAAUAAGGUCUCCGUCAGGAUCAAAGUCGAUGAUGGAUCCUUCCAUGUUGGAGGAAUGAUUCUUAUUGUAUCACAGCGCAGAUACUGGUUCAAUUUUGAAAGCGUGAGUGGCCAUGCACAUGAUCAGCG